UCAACAGUGCGUUUCAAGCUCUUGUGGCCGCGAGGUCGGCCCUUUUAAAGCAUCCCUUAAAUUUUCACAUUAAAAUCAUUGAAAAUCAUUUUUAAAAAAAUCAUUGAAAAUCAUUGAAAAUUAUUAAAAUCUAGUGAAUCUCAUACACUUUUUUCGCGAUUCGAGAUAUUCUUUUUUAUUCACAUUUCAAUAAAAGUGCAAUACACUGAUUACAAUAUGGGAUUGCAAUUGCGUUUAUUGACAAUUGCCUGCUGUGCUUUUCUCAUCUUGGAAAAUUGCGGUGUAAAAGCUGUGAGAUGUUACGAUUGUAACAGUCAUAACGACAGUAGAUGUGCAGAAGAAGAACCUCCCGAGGAAUUAAAAGUGGAUUGUUCAUCAAAAAGAGACGGAGCCAAAUAUACAAUGUGCAGAAAAAUUGUUCAAACAAUUGAAUUCAGUGUCAAUGGCUUGCCACCAAACAAGAGGGUAAUUCGUGGUUGCGGUUGGGACGAGUCACAUUACAAGGGCAAUUGUUACCAGAGGGGUGGUUUUGGUGGACGACAAGAAGUUUGUUCAUGUCUUGAAGAUUUUUGUAAUGCUGCCACACCAGGUGCAAUUCCAAUUUCUCAAUCCCUUCUACUCUCAUGUUUACUUGGUAGCGUAAUUUACGCUUUUAUUCGAAAUUAAUCGCAUCUGAUUAAUAAAAUGAUUUGUUGAAUUAAAAAAAAUGAAAAAUCGGCCUCAAUUAUCUCGAGGAUUAAACCGAUAUUUGCUGCUAGAUAGCAUAUAAAAAAAAUGCGACGAUUAUAAUCGAUCGUCCAAAAUUCUAGAACAAAUUCGCAUAAGUGCGGUCAAAAAAAAAAAAAAAAAAGGACAUUGAAUUAUUUGUCAUUAGAACGAAAAACACUCCCUCUAACUAAAAUUAAUCAAAAAUUUGACAAAAAAAAAAAAAAAAGAAAAUAUUACCUCCAUUUCAAAAACACGACUAUUAUGUAGAUUUUUAAGCACUAGUGCCUUAAGAAUUUAUUUUAGAGGCACUGCUCGCUGUCAAAACAAAAGCAGUUCCUAUGCAUUAAUUUUAAUUAAAUUCGCUAGGCCAAUUUCGUUUCGUUUUUGAUUGGAGGUAAUUAAAAAAAAAGAAAAUGUCAAAAAUAUAAAUUAACAUUCAUUUAUUAUUUAUUUUUAUUUAUUUGUAUUAUUGUUAUAUUUUUCAAUAAUUAUAAUUCAAAUUUACAAUUUAAUUGUAAAGAAAAAAAUUUUGGUGCUAAUGGGAAAUUUUUCAAAAAAAAAGGAAAAAUGUCUUCAUUAAUUGCAUCGGCACAAACGAAUUAAUUUUGCGCAUUACGAGUUUGCUCAAAAAAAAAAAAAAAAAAGAAUUUCAGUCUGAAAUUCAGAUCAAUUCACUUAAAAUUUAGAGCUUGACAUUUAAAAAAAAAUUCUUUUGCACAAAUUGUGUCGAGUUCUAUAUUAAUUGAUUAAUCACACUGUAAAAAAAUUUUUUUUUCGAAAUAAGUUUACUUUUUCAUCCUUAUAUCAAAAAUUUAACUUAUUUUAAUUUUUUUUUUUUGCACAUCGCUGAAAAAAGGGAAUUUUGACAAAUUUCGGAAAUUGCCCUUAAGGCACAAAUAAUGUCUUCUGUGUUGAGAAAAACAAAUCAAGACUUCGUAAGCAAAAAUUUUAUUUCAAAUCAAAUAUUAUUUUACGUCAAUGUGGAACGUUCAAAACUGGUAAAAAAAAAAAUUUAGUCCCUUUUUUUCAAGACAAUCUGCACAAAAAACACGCUCAUGGAAAAAAAAAUUCAUUGUCUCAGUAAAAGUUGAAAAAAAAUCAUAUAAUAAUUCCAAUAAAUUAUUUAUAAGGUGAAAAUGAAAGCCAAAUUAAAGGGGAAAAUUUAGUUUCCAAUUUUGUGUUUUAACUUUCCACAUUGUGAAUAAAAAUACAAGUUUUUAAAAAAAAAA